CAAAAUCCAACUCGAGCCACUUCACUCACAACACACCAACACAACCCAAAGGCGUUACACCGAGUCUCCUCCAUCACCGCGCCGCCGUCGCACCGCUUCUUGACCGGAUGCAGACGCUCCAGCUUUAACUUUUAUCCUUUUAUUUCGGCUGUUCCGCCACCGGGGAAGACGUCCGCCUCUGCUCCCACUUGGUUUUUAUAUUGUUUUACGCGCCAGGACGCCGUUCAUCAGCAGCGAGUUGUAUUUUUUUCUCUCUCUCCAGGAGGAAACCAAGUAGACAAAGAACUUUACAGUCGUCGAUAGCAGGGUUCCCGGUGUAAGACGGACCCCAAGGACAGCAGACCACCCCAAGUACAUAUCAGGAGCCCCAUCCGUUUUUCAAAAUUUUCUCCAACUUCAGCCCUCAGUCCAACAUUAGCAUGAUGUCGUAUCUAAAGCAACCACCUUACACAGUCAAUGGCCUCAGCUUAACUACUUCUGGAAUGGACCUUUUGCAUCCAUCAGUGGGCUAUCCAGCAACGCCACGGAAACAGAGGCGAGAGAGGACUACUUUUACGCGCGCACAGCUCGACGUUUUGGAAGCGUUAUUCGCCAAAACUCGGUACCCGGACAUAUUCAUGCGCGAAGAGGUGGCGUUAAAAAUCAAUCUACCUGAGUCCCGAGUACAGGUCUGGUUUAAGAACCGACGCGCCAAGUGUCGCCAGCAGCAGCAGCAGCAGCAGAACGGGGGCCAGAACAAGGUGCGACCUGCCAAAAAGAAAAGUUCCCCAACCAGAGAAGUGAGCUCAGAGAGCGGGGCCAGCGGCCAGUUCACGCCCCCCGCGAGCACCACCACUGCCCCCGUCAUCUCCACCAGCACCGCCCCGGUGUCCAUCUGGAGCCCCGCGUCCAUCUCUCCGCUCUCAGACCCCCUGUCUACCUCCUCCUCCUGCAUGCAGAGGUCCUAUCCCAUGACCUACACCCAGGCCUCGGGCUACAGCCAGAGCUACCCCGGCUCGACCUCCUACUUCGGCGGCAUGGACUGCGGCUCCUACCUCGCUCCCAUGCACCACCAGUUGUCCGGCCCCGGCUCAACUCUCAGCCCGAUGGGCACGAACGCGGUCACCAGCCAUCUGAACCAGUCCUCGGCGCCCCUCUCCAGCCAGGGCUACGGGACGUCCGGCCUGGGCUUCAACUCCACCGCGGACUGCUUGGAUUAUAAGGACCAAGCGGCGUCGUGGAAGUUGAACUUCAAUGCCGAUUGCUUGGAUUAUAAGGACCAAACCUCCUCGUGGAAAUUCCAGGUCCUGUGAACGGAGCGAUCCGCUGUCAACAACAACAAAAAUAAACAAACAACAACAAAAAAAAACAGUGACGAUCACAUCAGACACGACGCCGCCCUCCGCCCUUCAGUAAAACACAUCGGACGGGUUAAAAUGUCAGCCGGGCUCGGCGAGGCGGGGGCUCUCGGGGGGGGGCUCGGGGUUUCGGCAUGAUGGUCUUUCGUCCUCCUAGAGGAGAAGUUUAAUUUAUUUUAGCACCGGCUAAGAGAUUUCUUUCCCGUUCGUUCACCGGUUGUAGCCCUUCGUCCAUGCAAGUCAGCGCGUGCCUCUGUGGGUAAAAAAACACCCCUGUUAGGGGGGGGGGGGGGGGGGGCACACGGAACGGACCGAAAGAAAAGUACACACCGCACCCACGGAACUAAUGUUUCACGGUCACUCGUCUCCUCGUGACGGACCUCCGAAAGCUUCUGCCGAGGACCUGCUGGCAGAGACACACGCGGACGGGACGUGGACACGGAUGCACUACUUUAUUUAA